AUGAAUCUCGACCGUCCAGGCAGGGGCAUCACCCUCCNNCCCUUCAUGAAGUACCGUGAGAACACUCAGCAUGAACGCCGCCUCGCUGGAUUCGGUUGGCUCCCUAACAAGGUCCGCAACCACUUCAUUGCCAUUGUUGGCGAGUUCGUCGGAACCUUCCUCUUCCUGUUCUUCGCCUUCAGCGCUACCCAAGUCGCCAACGCCGCUACUGGUAAUGCAUCUACCCAGAACAACGAUGAUGGUUCCAUCACUCAAGCCCCAAACACAUCUGCACUGUUGUACAUUUCAUUGGCCUUUGGCUUUUCGCUUGCUGUCAACGCUUGGGUCUUCUUCCGCAUCACUGGUGGUCUCUUCAACCCAGCAGUCACUCUCGCCCUUUGCCUUAUCGGUGCCUGCAAAUGGAUUCGUGGUCUGCUCGUCUUUAUUGGCCAGAUUCUCGGUGCCAUCGCAGCUGCUGGAAUUGUCUCAUGCCUCUUCCCUUCCGCCAUGAACGUCUCAACAACCCUUGGAGGUGGCACUUCGAUUGUCAGAGGCUUGUUCAUCGAAAUGUUCCUGACUGCCAUGCUCGUCUUCACCAUCCUCAUGUUGGCCGCUGAGAAGCACAAGGGAACUUUCCUUGCACCCAUCGGCAUUGGAUUGUCACUCUUCAUCGCUGAACUCACUGGAGUCUACUUUACCGGUGGCAGUCUCAACCCCGCUCGCUCCUUCGGUCCCUGCGUUGUGCUAGCCACCUUCCCAGGCUACCACUGGCUGUAUUGGGUUGGUCCAUUCCUAGGCUCCAUUCUCGCUGUCGGCUUCUACAAGUUUAUUAAAGUUCUGGAAUACGAGACAGCAAACCCUGGACAGGACUUCAACGACAAGGAGGCCGAGGUCUUCCAGGUGGAUGAGGACACGGCAGCUACUGCAGCAGAUGUGGCCAGACCCAACGUGGCAAUCGGACGUAGUGAGUACAUUGCUGAUGGGCGCGGCAUCUAUCACUCACAAGAUGUCCGUCAAGCUGCAGCUGCUCCUCGUGCUCCUGCAAACUACGGCAACACUGGUUACGGCAACACCCAUCCUUCUGGUCCGGCUCCCGCUCUCCCUCCGAUCAAGCAGGUUUCAUCUGGUGAAGGCAACGCUACUGGUUCACGUGGCUAUGACGGUACCCUAUCUGGAACUACACAUGAUGGUGCCGAUUCUGACCGUACUCGUGAUAGUCUAAAUGUGCCUCGAGAUGCCCACCGUGCUCCCGACCACGUUUAUGACGAGAAGAGACGCAGUUCGAGCAUCAGUGGAUCCCAACAUCGUGAAAGAACGCGUCGCAGCUCUAGUUUCGGCAACAACCAUCACGGCGAUCGUUACCAGGCUUCGGCCGAUGCAGAAAGAGGAGAGAUUGGAGGGAACUACAAGGUAUCGGGACUAUGA